AUGCACUUCAGCACCAUUGUCGCCGUCUUUGCCGUGGCCGCUGUGGCCGCUCCUGCGCCCAAGCCCAAGCCUGAGGGUCUUGGAUAUAGCUACAAAGACUUUGAAAACGCUCCCGUUGAGAAGCGGGAGGGCCUUGGCUACAACUACUUGGAUUUCGAAGAUCCCCCGGUGGACUAA